GNCGACGGGGCGGCGGCGGCGAGGCGGAGCACGGCGGGCCCCGCUUCGCCGCGUGCGCCGGCAACCAUGAACUUUCUGCUCACUUGGAUCCACUGGGGGCUGGCGGCGCUGCUCUAUCUGCAGAGCGCGGAGUUGUCGAAGGCUGCGCCUGCCCUGGGGGAUGGGGAGCGGAAACCCAAUGAAGUUAUCAAAUUCCUGGAAGUCUACGAGCGCAGCUUCUGCAGGACUAUUGAGACCCUGGUGGACAUWUUCCAGGAGUACCCUGAUGAGGUGGAGUACAUAUUCAAGCCAUCCUGUGUGCCUCUGAUGAGAUGUGCAGGUUGCUGCGGCGAUGAGGGCCUAGAAUGUGUCCCUGUGGAUGUAUACAACGUCACGAUGGAGAUCAUGAGAAUUAAGCCCCAUCAGAGUCAGCACAUAUCACACAUGAGCUUCUUACAACACAGUAAAUGUGACUGCAGACCAAAGAAAGAUGUCAAAAACAAACAAGAAAAGUGGGCGCAGAAACCCAGAUCUGAUGGUCCCUCCUUCACACUCCAGAACUGGACCUUGCAUGACCCAUGGCCAUGGCAAUCAUUCCUAAGGCUUUUUCCCAAGUACGGGAAGUCCUGUCAUGUCUGUCCUGCCAGAAUGGAUUCAAGAAAAUCAAAGCGAGGAAAGGGGAAGGGUCAAAAGAGAAAGCGCAAGAAAGGCCGGUACAAACCACUCAGCUUUCACUGUGAGCCUUGCUCAGAGAGGAGAAAGCACUUGUUUGUACAAGAUCCCCAGACCUGUAAAUGUUCCUGCAAAUUCACAGACUCACGUUGCAAGUCGAGGCAGCUUGAGUUAAACGAGCGCACUUGCAGAUGUGAAAAACCGAGACGGUGAGCAGUGGAAAAGAAGGGGGAACAGCCCUGUUUCUGGAGCCUGAUUUCUCGCCUGGACAGAAUAAAACAAAACAAAACACUAAUCCAAAUGAACCCUAAAAAUGAAGGAUCGGUAGAGCACAGCACUUUCAGUACGGACGAUGGACUCUGGAAGGAACAUUCCCCAAGGCACCCGCCGCACAGAAUUCACCUUUGGGUUUUGAACUGUUUUAUUUUAUUUUUCUUUUUAUGCUGCUAAAUAACAGAGCCAGGAAGACUUAUAGGGGUGUAUUUGAUGAGUUUUCCCAUGCAUACAUAUAUAUGUGUGUAUACAUGCAUAUACAUAUAUAUAUAUGUAUAUAUAUUUUAACCACAUCUAUAUAUACAUAUAUGUAUAUCUUAACCACACACACACACACAUAUAUAUAUUAUAUAUAUAUAUAUAUAUACUGAUUAUUUUUUUUAACAUUGCUAAUGUUAUUGGUGUCUUCACUGGAUAAUACUCGACUGCUGUGGACACAAGCGGGCUACUUGGGGCAUAAGAAACAAGCUAAGACUGGACUUGAGUAGAAGCGCUGGGUGUAAACUUCUUAACUCUAACUGACUUGUGCGGCCUCCGCUGUUUCUCUGUAGAGUGUGCUGUACCACAAACCACCUUCUCUUUGCCUGGGACAGGGAGGAGAGGUGAUGGAGAGGAUGGGCAGGGAGUUCCAAAGAGCGGCAUCCUAGGGUGCGAUGGGUCAAAGGCCAAGGAAAUGGCCAUCUCCGUGAUCAAGGAUUCCUCCUCCCCUCUCUUCCCCCAACCUUCACCCUUACUCGUCUCAUAACCCGCCUGCCUUGCUGGGACAUGGGAUGUCAGUGUACAUUGUGCGUUGACUUCAUUCGCUGUAGAACCUUUGCCAGAGCGAUGCGCUGGCUUCUCUUAAGAUGGUGGGCAGCUGAUGCGCACUAACUUUCUGUUCAAGGAAGUAUCACAGGAGUCUAGAUUUCCCGCCCUUGGUGGCUGCAGAAGGACACAAGGUCUACAGUGUGCUGAAGCAAGAAUGGGGACCGGUGCAUAGCCACACAGUUGUUCAGCACUGUCUGCUUUCUUCAUGCACAGAGCUGCCACUCAAGAGCAUCCAAGAUGCUUAUGGAACAUUUCUGGAAAGGGAUAUUAAUCAAAAGUAUAUACACAGUAGUGGGGUGUGUGUGUAUGUAUGUGAAUGUAUGCAUUUGUAUGUAUGUAUGUAUGUAUGUAUGUGUUUUUCUCUCUUUUUUAUAUAUAUAUAUUUAUUUUUAUACAUAUAUAUAUAUAAAAAAUAAUAUAURUAUAUAUGCCAAGAAUGAAGGGGAAGAAAAAAGAAAGCAAUUUUUUUGCUGCCUUCAGUUUGCAUGCCCAGUGUGAAUGACCCUUAAGAACGUCAAGAUUUUUUUUUUAUGACGUACUGUAAAUAUCAGGCCCCUUUUCCAUGUCUUGGGCUGGGGAAUCAAACAUGAAGGCAGCUGGAGUCCCUUAGCUGUGUCGUGAGGUUCUUGGCUAUGUAUGUAUCUGCAGUGUAGGCUGUGGUGUAUGUGAAACCCACCUUACACAUGCGCGCACACACACACACACACGCACACCCCUCAAAGUGUGUUUGUACAUCUAUGUGGAUAUAUAUAAUCUAGUUCUGUGAUUAAAAUUAAUAAUAAUAAUAAUCAAAAAGGUACUCAGUUCUGUGUCAGAAUGCUGCCAAACAUCAUCUGCAAUUGAAUUUUCAACGCCUGAUAAUGUACAACACGGAAAGCUUCCAAAAAGACAAGACAGUCUAAAAACAGACUCACAACAAGUGACUACUAACCACUAGAAUCUCCCCAUCCGACUGAUGGCUUUCAGAAGGAGAGAAAACACACGGGUGGGUGCUUGCAUCUGCAAUGUAGAAUACUCAUGCUGCAUCGUGUGCAAGACGGAGGCUUCCGAUCGGGGGAGGGAAGAGAAAGUGUUUUAUAUACUUAUUUAAUAUCCCUUUAAAAAUUAGAAAUUAAACAGAUAAUUUAAUUAAA